GCCAUGUGGACGAAACAUCGGCUGAUAAACAAGCCUAUCGGUUUACUCCGCCCCGGAUCUCUCAGGCUAGUACAUAUGGCACCGUGUAAACUACUCUGAGCCUGCAGAUCUAUAGAUCAACUCUCGAAAGCUGUACUUCUCCCGAUGUGGUUGAAUUCUGACCCAGGCGGCCAGGCCAAGGGCCUUCUCAGUCAUUUCACCUGGUCGUCUAUAUCCAAUCGGUCAUGCUGAAAAGUCACACCAUUCCUACUGCUAUAAGUCUUCAAGAUAAUUGGACAGCAUGUUCAAAUACUCGCCAUGUCGAACUACAACCACCACUAUGAUAAUGAAUACUACUACAACACAUACCCCAUGGCCGUCGCAUCCGACAAAUGCGUGCCCGUUUCAGAUUCACUCCUCUCGCGUGAGAGCUACUAUGUUCCCAAUGGAUAUGUCCACGAGUGCAGGAUACCUAGUUCACAGCUCGUCCCUUCUGUGGAGCCCAAUACAAUCUGUACGUACUGUCAUCCUUCGCUUCACCGUUACCAUGCGACGGCGUUUAUCAGCUCCUCUGCAAAUACCUUUCUCACCCUCCCAAGUACAAUACCAGGUCCACGAAUAUACUAACGUCUCCGCCGUUUCAUCUUGGCCUCCGGAAUACAACAUACCAGAGGCACCGCCCUCAUCGUGGACACCUUCUAGUCCAAUGACAGCUGAAUUGUUUCUAGACCCUCUUUAUUCGUCCCCCUCAAUUACGGAUGGCUGCACGAACGUGUUUGAUCUUCAGUUCGGAGACUCGCUGCAACCACAGGAUCUUGGGUGCAGCCUUUCCUCCAGUUCUGUUGGUUCUCCCGAGCCGUGUACCCCUCGUGAGGUUGUUCGUCCAACAACGACGCCCAAGAAGCCAAUUCGUUCCCGAGACGUAUACCCUCGGAAAGCACCUGCAGGCGCACAAACCGAAGCCCCCUCCUUCGUUUUUGUGUGGGCUAGGAUGUGA